UUCAGCUUGAAUUUGAGAUGCUUGCACUAUGUCACAUUUGCAUAUAAACAUUGUAAUUUUGCUGUCAAUCAUUAAUUUGUCCUGGGGACAAAAUUUAUUCGAAUUGGCCCGUGAUUUGGAAACAUCUUUGUUAAAUACUCGUCUACCCGAUACUCAAAUAUUUUUGCAGGAAUAUGAUUUCAUUAUAAUUGGAGCAGGUUCUGGUGGCUGUGUGGUGGCCAAUCGUUUAAGCGAAAUACACAAUGCUACAGUUCUGCUUUUGGAGGCCGGCGAUCAGGAAACUUUUAUCAGUGAUGUGCCCCUAACAGCGGCUCUCACACAAAUGACCCGUUAUAAUUGGGGCUACAAGGCCGAUCCUACGCCAAAUGCUUGUCAGGGUUUAAAGGAUGGUGUGUGUAAUUGGCCCAAAGGUAGAGGUGUGGGUGGCACUAGUCUUAUCAAUUUUAUGCUUUACACCCGUGGUCAUCGUAAGGAUUAUGAUCACUGGUCUAAACUGGGCAAUAAAGGUUGGAGCUAUGAUGAUGUGCUGCCAUAUUUCAAGAAAUCGGAACAUAUAGAAAUUGAGGAUUUGAGAAAAUCUAAAUAUCAUGGCACAAAAGGUCCUUUAAAUGUCUGUUACACCGAUUACAAAUCAAAAUUGCUAAAAUCAUUUUUAAAAUCCAGCAAUGAAAUGGGCUAUAAUAUUACCGAUCCCAAUGGUGAGCAUAUGCUGGGAUUUAGUCGUUCUCAAGCUACUUUACAAAAUGGACGUAGAUGUAGUUCCAGCAAGGCUUUUAUUAAGCCCAUUAUACAUCGUCCAAAUCUGCAUUUGCCUAUGAACUCAAGGGUAACAAAGAUUGUAGUGGAAACCUCUAAACAAUCUCGAAAACUGAAAGCCAAAGCAGUAGAAUUUAUAAAAAAUCGCCAGAAAUUUGUUAUACGUGCCAAAAAGGAAGUAAUAUUAUCGGCUGGUUCAAUAGCCUCUCCACAACUAUUGAUGCUGUCGGGCAUAGGACCCAAAGAAAAUCUUAAGCAGCAUAAUAUAACAGUGCUUAAGGAUCUUAAAGUAGGCUACAAUCUACAAGAUCACAUUACUUUAAAUGGCUUGGUGUUCUCCAUCAACGACAGCACAGUAAACGAUCGCAGACUAAUGAAUCCUACCGAUAUUUUGCAAUAUAUAUUGCAAGGUAGAGGACCUUAUACCAUACCAGGAGGAGCGGAGGCAUUUGCUUUUGUUAGGACACCUUCUUCAGCUUUCGAUAAGGAUUAUUCGGAUAUGGAAAUCGUGUUGGGAGCUGGCUCUUUAAGCGGUGAUCAUAUGGGUUCCAUGAGAGAUCUGUUAGGCAUAUCGGAUGAGUUUUAUCAAACUGUUUAUCAAGGAUUACACGAUAAAGAAACGUUUGGUAUGGUUCCAGUGCUAUUGAGGCCGAAGAGUAAAGGACGCAUUUCUUUGCGCAGUUCUAAUCCAUUUCAUUGGCCCAAAAUGGAACCAAAUUUUAUGCAAGAUCCCGAUGAUGUAAGAGCCAUGAUAGAGGGUGUUAAAUUGAUCUUGAAACUAACCCAAACUAAAGCUAUGCGCAGAAUUGGCACCCAAUUCAAUCGCAAUCCAUUUUUGGGUUGCGAACAACAUCCUUUUGCUUCCGAUGAGUAUUGGAAAUGUUGCCUGCGUCUGUACGGUUCCAGUUUACAGCAUCAAUCGGGCACUUGUAAAAUGGGUCCGCGAUCAGACACUGAGGCUGUGGUGGAUCCCCAGUUGAAGGUUUAUGGCAUUGAUAAUUUACGUGUAGCAGAUGCUUCUAUAAUGCCCAAUAUUCCGGCUGGCCAUACAAAUGCCAUCGUUAUAAUGAUUGCCGAAAAGGCAGCCGAUAUGAUCAAGAACAGUUGGCGAAUGAAAACGAAUUAAUCGAACGAGAAUGUCUUCGUGUUCAUUUUAAAUUAUAAAUAUUUAUUUUUUGAUAAUUAUUUACC